AUGAAUCCUGUUUCCCUGUUGUUGCUCUUUGUCCUUUCGGUGGCGUUCUUUUUGAAAAGGGGCAAUUUCUGGAACACCAGCAAGAAAAAUCUCCCACCAGGACCGAGGCCAUGGCCCCUCAUUGGAAACCUCCACCUCGUGGAUCUCAAGAGGCCUUACAGAACCCUGUCCCAGUUAUCGAAGCAGUACGGUCCUGUCUUCAGCAUCCAAAUGGGAGUCCAGAAAAUGGUUGUCCUGACGGGCUACGAGACUGUGAAGGAGGCUUUGGUGAACCAGGCAGAUGCCUUUGCCGGCAGGCCCAUCAUCCCAAUCAUUGAACGUACUCUGAAAAGCUAUGGGGUUGUUUUUUCUCACGGUGAGAACUGGAAGGUGAUGCGACGGUUCAUGUUAACCACACUGCGUGACUAUGGAAUGGGCAGGAAGACCACAGAGGACAGGAUUGUUGAAGAAUGCCAUUUCCUAAUACAGAAAUUUGAAUCCUACAAAGGAAAGCCAUUUGAGACCACUGUAAUCAUGAACGCUGCUGUCGCCAACGUUAUAGUGUUCAUAUUACUCGGCAAGCGCUAUGACUAUGAGGAUCCCACUUUUGUGAGACUACUGAACUUGGUCAAUGAAAAUAUCCGGCUUGCCGGAAGUCCCUCGGUCACGCUGUUCAACAUGUUUCCUGCUCUGGGCUUUCUUUCUGGUGGUCUCAACACUGUCCUUAAGAACAGGAAAGAGUUGCGUGCCUUCAUACAGGCCACCUUCAUCGAACACCUCAAACAUCUGGAUUUGAAUGACCAGAGGAGCUUUAUUGAUUCUUUUCUAAUCCAACAGCAAGAGGAGAAAAAGAAGAGCAAGAGUAAUGAGUUUUUCCAUAAUGAAAACCUAUUGGCUGUUGUGAACAACUUAUUUGGUGCUGGAAUGGAGACCACUUCGACUACCUUGCGUUGGGGCCUAUUGCUGAUGAUGAAGUACCCCGAAAUUCAGAAUAAGGUCCAAGAAGAAAUUACAAAGGUGAUUGGGUCUGCUCAGCCUCAGAUUGAACACCGAUCGAAACUGCCGUAUACAGAGGCGGUAAUCCAUGAAGUCCAGAGGUUUGGUAACAUUGUCCCUAUGAAUUUGCCACACGCCACCACUGUGGACGUCACUCUGAAUGGCUAUUUCAUUCCAAAGGGCACGCAUAUCGUUCCAUUACUGUACUCCGUGCUGUGCGAUGAAUCUCAGUGGGAAAAACCACAUCAAUUCUAUCCGGAGCACUUCCUCGAUCCCGAAGGAAAGUUUGUCAAGAGAGACGCCUUCCUGCCUUUCUCUGCCGGGCGGCGAGUGUGUGCUGGUGAGACCCUGGCCAAAAUGGAGCUCUUCCUCUUCUUUACGAGUCUCCUGCAGAGAUUCACCUUCCAGCCAGCCCCUGGGAUGUCUAAAGAAGACCUGGACCUGACCCCUGCAGUUGGGCUCACGACACCUCCGAUGGCCUACGAUUUGUGUGCUUUGCCACGUUCUUAA